GCCACCAGUUAGCAGAGCUGCUCCUCAACCCGAAAAACUGCAAAAGAACAAUAUCAACAAAAAAAAGAAACUGGUUGAGGAGCUGGCUCUAGACCAUGUUUUUGGCUACCGAGGGUUUGACUGUCGCAACAACCUGCACUACCUGAACGAUGGGGCUGAUAUCAUUUUCCACACGGCUGCUGCAGGCAUAGUGCAGAAUCUCUCUACUGGUAGUCAGAGCUUCUACCUGGAGCAUACUGAUGACAUUCUCUGCCUAACUGUGAAUCAGCACCCAAAGUAUAAAAAUAUUGUGGCUACCAGCCAGAUCGGUACGACUCCCACAAUUCACAUCUGGGAUGCUAUGAGCAAGCAGACCAUUUCCAUGCUGCGUUGCUUCCACACCAAAGGGGUCAACUACGUUAACUUCAGUGCAACUGGCAAACUUCUGGUUUCGGUCGGAGUUGAUCCGGAACAUACAAUCACAGUGUGGAGGUGGCAAGAAGGGGCUAAGGUUGCGAGCAGGGGAGGACACCUGGAGAGGAUAUUCGUUGUGGAGUUCCGCCCGGAUUCAGACACGCAGUUUGUGUCCGUGGGGGUCAAACACAUGAAGUUCUGGACGUUGGCUGGCAGCGCUUUGCUUUACAAGAAGGGAGUCAUCGGGUCCAUGGAAGAUGCCAAAAUGCAGACCAUGCUUUCUGUUGCCUUCGGAGCAAACAACCUCACCUUCACCGGUGCCAUAAACGGAGACGUCUACGUCUGGAAGGACCAUUUCCUGGUCAGACUUGUGGCCAAAGCCCACACAGGGCCCGUGUUCACAAUGUACACGACUCUUCGAGAUGGACUCAUUGUCACAGGAGGGAAGGAGAGACCCACCAAGGAGGGGGGAGCGGUGAAGCUGUGGGACCAGGAGAUGAAGCGGUGCCGAGCCUUCCAGCUGGAGACCGGCCAGCUGGUGGAGUGCGUGCGCUCCGUCUGCAGGGGCAAGGGGAAAAUUUUAGUGGGAACAAAAGAUGGAGAAAUCCUGGAAGUAGGAGAAAAAAACGCUGCUUCGAACUUGUUAAUUGACUGUCACAUGGAAGGGGAAAUCUGGGGCUUAGCAACUCACCCUUCAAAAGACAUAUUUAUCUCUGCAAGCAACGAUGGAACAGCGAGAAUCUGGGACCUGUCAGACAAAAAACUGGUGAACAAGGUGAGUCUAGGUCACCCAGCGAGAUGUGCCGCGUACAGCCCUGAUGGGGAGAUGGUUGCCAUUGGCAUGAAGAACGGAGAAUUCGUUAUUUUACUCGUAAACAGCCUUAAGGUUUGGGGCAAAAAGCGUGACAGGAAGUCUGCAAUUCAGGAUAUCAGGAUCAGCCCAGAUAACAGGUUUUUGGCAGUGGGUUCCCAAGAACAUACAGUGGAUUUCUAUGAUCUGACCCAAGGCACCACCCUGAACCGAAUAGGCUACUGCAAAGACAUUGCCAGUUUUGUCAUCCAGCUGGAUUUCUCUGCAGACAGCAGGUACAUUCAGGUCUCCACAGGUGCCUACAAGCGUCAAGUUCACGAGGUGCCACUAGGAAAGCAAAUAACAGAUCCUGCAUUAAUAGAAAAGAUCACGUGGGCCACGUGGACAAGCAUUCUUGGGGAUGAAGUCAUUGGAAUUUGGCCACGCAACGCAGACAAGGCCGAUGUCAACUGUGCGUGUGUGACCCACGCCGGCCUGAACAUCGUCACGGGGGACGACUUCGGGCUGGUCAAGCUGUUCGACUUCCCAUGCACUGAAAAGUUU